GGAAAAAAAGAGAAAGAAGUGGGAGAGAUAUAUAAAAAUAAAAAAAAGGGGAAAAAUAAACAACGAGGAUAUUAUGUGACUGACUGAAGGAGAGCAUCUUCGUUAUCAGUUCGUGACAAAGACAAAAAAGAAGAUGAAGACAUGUUAAGUUAUGAGCUCCAGAUGUGAUAGGGGGAGGAGGAGAGGAGUGGAUGUCAGCUGGAUAUGAGAUAAGACACAUGAAUAAAGAGUCCACUGUGGAAAAGGAGGCGGAGUGAAAAUGAAGCUGAAUGAACGCAGCGUGGCGCAUUACGCCACCUGUGACUCCCCGCCAGACAAGACAGGCUUCCUGUUCAAAAAGGGUGAGCGUAACACGGCUUAUCACCGCCGCUGGUUCGUCCUUAAGGGCAACAUGCUCUUCUACUUUGAGGAGCGCGACAGCCGCGAACCGAUCGGUGUCAUCGUCCUUGAAGGAUGCACAGUGGAGCUGUGUGAGUCAGCCGAGGAGUUCGCCUUCGCGAUUAAGUUUGAUUGUGCCAAAGCCCGGGUGUACAAGAUGGCUGCUGAGAACCAGGCAGCCAUGGAGUCGUGGGUGAAAGCGUUGUCAAGGGCCAGCUUUGACUACAUGAGGCUGGUGGUGAAGGAGCUGGAGAGGCAGCUGGAGGAGAUCCACGAAGCUGCAGGAAGUGGUUGUGGUGGGGCUGGAGUAGGCAGCCUGCAGGGCAGGCAAAAGUCCUCCAGGCGAGGCCAGGUGUUAAGAUCAAGGUCUGGAGCAUCCUCUUCUUCAUCAUCGUCAUCUUCCUUGUCAUCAUCAUCAUCAAGUGCCAUUCCCAUGGUAAUCCCCUUCUCUGCUCACAAGAACCUCCAGGAUGAGGUCCAGCUCAUGUCUGGGUGUUCCAAGGAGAACGGCGUCGCAUGGAGCAAACCACAAGUGGCCUUGGCUAAUGGCUUUGUCGAGGGAGCGUCCUCCUUGGUGGCCUGGGAAGCCAGCGCAGACUCUGGGAACAGCAGUGCGAUUGGUUAUGGGGCCGAUGGGGUGCGGGCUCCACCAGUGCCACCCAGGAGAAGAGGAGCCUCUCUGGAGAGUCCUGUCUCCCCUGGCACUGGGUGUUUCUCCAAGCUCCAUGACUGGUAUGGCAGAGAGGUGGAGGAACUGAGAGUGCAGUGGCUUGAGAGCAAGUAAACUGACAGAGAUGGAUUAUUUCGUUUUCCACAGCUAUAUCAUUCCUUUUCUAAUAUUGCACCCUUCUGGACCCAACAGAAAGACAAGAAAACAAUGACUUAAUUGCAAAUUGCAGUCUUUAUCAUCAAUCAAAUAGGAUAAUUAAAAAAAAAAGAGAGAGAUUGAUUCCAGAUCUUGUCUGGCACAGGGGAAUCAAUUAGUCUUAUCAAUAAUUAACAUACACUAUACAGUACAGGCAAAUAUGAAAAAACACAAAAUAUCUUCUUUUCCACUGUUUUGCAGAGUGUCAUUUGCGAUAAGACAAAUACAAAAAAUGUAAUUACACAGUUAGAGAAGUAACCGUGGCACAUAUAAAAAAACAUUUACAAUUCAGCAAAAUGUAUCGUUCUAUCAUUAUAUAGCCAAUAUUAAUAUUUUUGCCUCUAAAUAUAUAUUCCUGCGGUGGUAAUUUCUUAAAAGCUGAAAAAGCAAGCUGAAAGAGAAAAGCUGUGAAUGGCAAGAGUCUGUUUCUGUUAUAUGCAAAUUCAAUCACGAAGGCCACAUAAAUAACAUCCUAAAGAUGUUGCACAAAACAAAUCAACAUAGCUCAGGUUGCUAUGACGACACGUUAACCUAAGCUUACAACGGUAAAAGUAACAGAAAAUCCUUGCAGCUGGUAUGAUUGAUGCGCCUGUUUGGUGAGGUCUGAGCUUUGCCCCUGCUGGUGACGAAACAUUUCACGACUGUUCAGAGACAAGCGUUCAAACACAGGAAGUGACAUGAUAACAUUAAAGUAACAGCAGGGAAGCCGUUUGUACGGUUGUCGACAAAGAAAUAACAUUGAGACAAUUAACAGCUUUUAGUUAGAAAUUCAACAUUUUGAGUUUCCGAUAACUUUAAACCAUCUUAACUUUGAAGAUCAUUUUAAUCUUUUAGAGGAACAAUACUCUAAGAGGCGGUGUGUGGUGGGGAGGGGGGGACAAGUCUAGAUCCUCCUCCAUAUUCCCACCAGGGCACAUCUCACCCCAGAGGCCUUGUGGUUGCUAAUGUCAGAGCCUCCCCUGCACAGUCACUGGGGACCGAGGUGGGAGCUGGAUGUCUUGCUCCGAGCAACAAACCCUGGUAUUUUUAGCCUUUGUUAGCCAGCAGCCAGAUGAUGCAGUGUCAUAAGAGUGUCACUUAGUUCUCUUUUGAGUCUUGUAUUUCAUAAAAGCAGCUUGUUCAUCUUUGAACUCACAGGACGUAACACUUUUAGUCGUAGUUUGCUGAUAAUUUCGUCAUUAUGCAAUCCAAUCAUCUUAAUUUGAUCGCCCUGUUGGUUUGUUUGUUACAGCUGACUAAUCUGAAUGUUACUGACUAAACUGUCUGUGAACAUCUAACAACCUCUUGGUUUGUAUACAAGUACUUACUCUUCCAUGUUGGAAGUUAACACCAGCAAUCUGCAAAAUGGCCGUUUUUAACAUGAGUGCUCAUGCUGUAUUUCAAUUUUCAAUCAUAGCAUUUACAAUUUUCUUUUAUACGUGCCUUAUGUUACCUUUUUAUAGCUUUGUUACUGCACUUGAAAUCAUUACCAUACAGUCAUGUACAGGACUAUAGUGAUGGAGGGGUUUGUCUUUUCUUUUUUCUUUUUUAACUGUACGACUGUUUCUUUUCUUUCUUUCCUUCCUUCUUUCUUGCCAAAGGCUGAUUUCGGUGCAAUCACUUUCUGACAAUGGCUCACUUGUUUCAGUCUGCAUCAGUGCACAGCACUAUCAUUGCGGUUAUACACUCGGCUUGGACAGAAACGACAAUGUGGGAGAGACUGGUACAGUGGGGAUUGAUGUUUUUUUAAACUGAAAUAUCGAGGCAGUAUGCUUUUGACAUGUAUUAUCUAAAAUGUUGGUUGUAUUAGUGCCAAUUUUACUGACUCUAGGAGUUGCUUACUAUGAGUACAGAUGAAAAAAGCCUGUUUUUUGACAAUAUUUAAAGGAAAUUGCGAAUGUGUCAAAUGAACCAUAUAAAUCAUAACUAUGUAUCUUUAUUCAGAGUGCCAAAAUGAGGAAUGCAACCUAAAUGCACAAAAAUCAAUUUGUCUGUUUUUCCACUAAAUGACUCUAUUAACAAUUUUCAAUGUUAUUAUACACUGUAUGAGUAUCAUUUUGAUUAACCAAUAUUAUUUAACACAUUGUCCUAAUAUGGUACCCUUGAAAGAUGUUUCCAAAUUAAGCUGUAAUUUGCUGUAAACCACUCAAUAAACAGUGUAAAUACGA